GGCUUGCAAGCCCGCCCCACGCACACGUGGCCCGGCGGCCGCUCCCACCACCAGCGCCGCUGCAGUAUCACGUGCGGCCGGCGCCUUCCCUUCGGAGCGCUGGGUUGAGCCGGGCGCCUGGGAUGCUGAGGAUGGUUGCGCAGGCGGCGGGUUUGGGCCCUGGGCUGGAGCGCAGGAGCGCUUGCUGCUGGGGCCGGAGCAGGGGCGCGGUCCUCCUGCUCUUCUUCUCGCUGUCGCCGCGGCCCCUUGGAGGAGCGGCGUGGCUGCUGGGGCUGCGGCCGGAGAAUACGGCGCCGGGGCGCGUGUGGCUCGAAGGCGGAGCGGUGCGGGCGGUCGAGGGCUCCCGCUUCUUGCUACGUCUCUAUUUCCAACCACCGGCAGAAGGCAACGCUAGCAACAGCAGCAACAGCGGGGGGCAGCAGAGCGAGCGCCGGCUGGUCUUCGUCGAGCAACCCGCCAAGGCGGAACGCUGCCCAGAACGCAGCGCCUGGGCCUCGGAUGUGGAGGUGCUGGGCCCACUGCUGCCCGGGGGCUCGGCCGGUUCGGCGUUGGCCGAGGUGAAGGUACGAGAGCCGCGCAAAGGCGAGCCAGGCGCCGGGCCUGAAGGGCGCCGCUUCUCGCUGUGCGCUUGGGAUGGGCGCGCCUGGCAACUGCACGGCGCGCGUGGGGGGUUCGUGCUGCAAGUGGAGGCGCCGGCCGCGGGCUUAUCCGCGGGGCUGGUCCCUCUGCCCGCCGAGGGUUGGCUGCGGGCCCUGGGGGCGCUAAUCCUGCUGGGUAUGUCGGCGCUCUUCAGUGGCCUCCGCUUGGCCGUGCUGUCGCUCGACCCGAUGGAGCUGCGCGUGCUGCGCAACAGCGGCUCGGCGGCGGAGCGGGAACAGGCGCGCAAGGUGGAGGCGGCGCGCGGCCGCGGCGGGAGCGGCACUUACCUCCUGUGCACGUUGCUGCUUGGCCAGGCCGGCGCCAACGCCGCGCUGGCAGGCUGGUUGUGCGCCUCACUGCAGGCCGUCCAUAGCCCGCUGCCGGAGGCAAGCCAAGGCGUGCCGUGGCUGCCUGUACUGCUCUGUACCGGGGUCGUCUUCCUGGGCGGGGAGAUCUUGCCCUACUCGGUGUGCUCCCGCCAUGGGCUCGCCAUCGCAGCACAUACACUGUUCCUUACCCGCCUGCUCAUGGCUGCCACCUUCCCGAUCUGCUACCCGCUCAGCCGCCUUCUGGAUUGGGCCCUGCACCAGGAGUUGAGUACCUUCUCCACCCGGGAGCGCCUGUUGGAGACCCUGCGGGCUGCUGACCCCCAUGGUGACCUGGUGAGCGAGGAGCUGGCCAUGGUGCAAGGUGCACUGGAGCUACGCACUAAGGUGGUCGAGGACAUCCUGACGCCACUGAGUGACUGCUUUAUGUUGCGCUCUGAUGCCAUUCUGGAUUUUACCACCAUCUCUGAGAUCCUGCGCUCAGGCUAUACGCGCAUUCCAGUCUACGAAGGUGAGCGGCGUGACAACAUUGUCGACCUGCUGUUCGUCAAGGACUUGGCCUUCGUGGAUCCUGAUGACUGCACCCCGCUGCAGACGGUCACCCGCUUCUACCGCCGCCUGCUGCACUGUGUCUUCCAUGACACCCGCUUAGAUGCGCUGCUCAAGGAGUUCAAGAAGGGUAAAUCCCACCUGGCCAUUGUGCAACGGGUGAAUAAUGAAGGGGAAGGGGACCCCUUCUAUGAGGUGAUGGGGAUUGUCACUCUUGAGGACGUGAUUGAAGAGAUAAUCAAAUCAGAGAUUCUGGAUGAGACAGACCUCUACACUGACAAUCAGAAGAAGGAACGGGUGCCCCAUCGGGGUCGGAAACCUCAUGACUUCUCCAUUUUCCAGCUUUCGGACAGUGAGAUGAAGGUGAAGAUCUCCCCGCAGCUGCUACUGGCGACACAUCGCUUCAUGGCUACAGAGGUAGAGCCCUUCAAGGUGCCGUAUCUCUCUGAGAAGAUCCUGCUGAGGCUGCUCAAACACCCAAAUGUCAUCCAAGAGAUAAAAUUUGACCACAAGAACAAGCGAGCCCCUGAACACGACCUCUUUCAACGUAACCGGCCAGUUGACUACUUUGUGCUCAUCCUGCAGGGUAAAGUGGAGGUGGAAGUGGGGAAAGAAGGUCUGCGCUUUGAGAACGGAGCCUUCACAUACUAUGGUGUUCCAGCCAUCAUGGCUGUUGUCUGCUCAGAUAACGACGUGCGCAAAAUGAGCAGCCUGGCCGGGUCAUCUUUCCUGUUGCCCGUGUCUGUGUCCCGUACCUUCGCCUUUAGCAGAGGGGAAUCUCUCGCUGGCUCCCCAGUGAACCAGUCACCGUCCCGUUGCAGUGGAUUAAACCGCUCAGAGUCUCCCAUCCGAGAGCGCAAUGACUAUGGAGGCAGCAGUAGCCAACUCCACAGCAGCAGCAACAACAUCUACACGCCAGAUUACUCUGUGCACAUCCUCUGUGAUGUGCAGUUUGUCAAGAUCACUCGGCAGCAGUACCAGAAUGCUCUGGCUGCCAGCCACAUGGAUAGUUCACCCCAGACUCCUGACAUGGAGGUCUUCAAUGAUGGGGAUUCCACAAAGGCUCCCACAGUCAGGGGCACUCCACAGACACCCAAGGAUGAUCCUGCCAUCCUCCUUAACAAGAGUAGUGGCAUUGUGGUUAGCCAGUCAGAUGGGCGUCUGAAGAGCCCCACAGACUCCGUGUUCCUGCACAUGGAAGGAAUCCCCCACAUCCAGGAGGAGCUGGCAGGCAGGAUAGAGACCAACACACAGCAGAAAAACGAGGGUGGCCUUUUCAGGCUGGAACCUGAGACAUACAGCAGAGAACUGGAGAUCAACAUAUCCCCAAGUGGCCCUGAGGAGCCCCUGGGCAAGAAGUUACUUCGGACCCUUAGUGGGAGAAGGAGGGAACCGUCGGCAGACAGUGAGAAGAGCACAGAUGAUAAUCCCAACUUCACGCCUCUCAUCACCUGAGUGGCGACAUGGCCUUGCCUCUCGCACAGGUCUGCAGCAUGAAAGCCGACUGUGACAAGAUUCGUGUGUGCGUGAUGGCACCUGCUUCUCUGUCUCACAUUAAUUGCUAUUCCCUAUCUCCAAGGGCUUGUGAUUCAGGCAGCAGCCCUUUGAGCUUGAGAGGGGGUGCCAGCACUUGGAGAGAGCCAAGCACAUAAGUCUUGGUGAAAGGUGGGAACGUGAAGAUGAGAGCAAAGGCAGGGGGUGUGUGGCUCCCUGUGGGUAGCUUAACAGGGCAGUGUCCUUACCAUCUCAAAAUUACUUACAUGAGGUAAUGCCCAGAGGAAGGGAGGCACAUGCCCCCUUCCUGCUGGAAGGAUCUACCCUUACUUCUGCAUGGUCCAGCACAGUGGAGCCCAGUGCAUGUUUGUGCAGUAACAGCAUUGCACCGUCCACUCCCUCUGUAUUCAUGUGCAUCUGAUCAUGAUCCAAUUUGUUCCAGACUCAUUGCCAUUUGUGACCAGCACCAACUGGCUUUGUGCUGGCAGUCUGAAGCACAGAGCAGUGCACUGAUCACCUUUCACGUGUGCACGCUGAGUAACACAAACACAGUCAUGUGACCCUAACAAAACCUUGUGCUCCAGGUCCAUCUGAAACAAAGAGGAUGUUUUGACAUCAAGUAUCUGGCAGGGAUAAAUAAAAUGUCCUUGUUUUACAUUAAAUCAAGUCCUUUCAUAGCUUUUGAGCAUGUAUUUGAGGGACAGAGAAAGAGGGGGGAAAGUACAUUAAAGGUUUUGGGAGGGGUUGCCAAAGACCUUGGUCUUUCCAUUCCUGAUGUUUGGUGGUCAAGUGGGAGAUUGAGUGCAUCUCUUUUUGAACAUGCAGUAGAAGUGCUUUUCAAGCAGAUUUUGCAAUUUUUUUUACUGCUGAAGAAUUCAGAAAUGGCACCAGCUUGGAAUGCAAUUUACUUUUUUUCUGUGUCCAGGCAUCUGGGGCUAUAACGUUUGAGUUUCUGAGUGAGAAGUGGGUUUUGCACGCUAAGUCUCAGGCAACAGCAUGGAAACCAUGCCUGUGCUGCCUUCCCCUUCUUUAUCAUAAGCCCAAGGGAUCCAUUGUCUUCCUCAUCCAUCUCCUUUUAAAUUUCUGCUCCUAAGCGUACUAGAAGACAGUUUACCUUGAGUCUUGUUUGAAACUACAUUAAAGUUGGGCCUCUAGGUAAAAAAAUAAAAAAAUUAAGCAACUUCAUUCUAAUACCUCCCUGCCAGGUAGCCCUUUGGCUAUCCGGCUGCAGCAGAGAUAGGAAACCUCAGGCCUAGGAGCCAAAUGCAGCCCUCCAGGCCCCCCUCUCCGGCCCUUGAGACUCUUCCCCAGCCACAUCCCUUAUUGUCCCUGCUUCGCAACCUCCUUGAGUAUUUUUCCCUGGCUGGAAUGUGUUCUUCAACUCUGAUAAUGCCUCUGGCACGCCUGGAAAAGGGGGGGGAUAGAAACUAGCUGAUUGUGCAAAGGUAAAAGUCACAUGAGCUGCUCUGCCUACUUUUGCCUCUGGCCUUGUCCAACACUGGCAUGUGCUGCUUCUCUCUCUCCCCUGCUCCACCACCCCCAGGCAAAGGUUGCUCGGAAUGUGAUCCUUGGGCGGAAAAGGUUCCUCACCCUGCACUGCAGAAUAAUUAUCAUGCUGCAUUGUUUCAAAUUGGAUUUUGGAGGGAUAUUAAGGCCUGUAAUGUAUAAAGGAGAGUGUAGGCCAGCAUUUUGAGGGGAAGAGUGUAGGAUGUUCCACUCUCCCUUACUCACUUGAAUGUAACCUUUACUGUAGGUAUUAUUUGAAUUCAGAUUAGGCCAGCUGUUAAAGACUUGUUCAGUCCUGGUAUAGAGUGGCACCAAAUAGGAAGAAGGGGAGAACAGCAUGAGUUUGGCUAGGGUUGCAGCCAUGUGAAGGAGAUAGAAAAGGAAGUUAGGCAAGGACAACUCUCAGAUCAUUAGAUUGUUUCCACUGGCAAAGGGCACCAAAAAGAUGUUCAAAUGGGUAGUGAUCAAAUUUAGGAGUUUGUGUAACAAUGAGCAAAGAUCAUAUGCUCUUCUAGAGCAGCAGAGAGCUGCGCAAAAAAAGGUGCAAACCUUACUUCAGCUCACAAUAGUUUUGCUGAAGCCAAAGGCAGGAGCUGUGCCUGCACCCUUCACAGAAUGCUCUAUGCCUCCGUCUGUAUGGCAGAAAUACUCGCUGAAGCUUCAGCUGCCUUAGACAAUGAUCUUUUGGGGUGUAAACCUUGAUCUGCAGCACCACCCUCAUGAUCAGUAACACCAACCUUGCUUUGCUCUUGACAGCUGAUUAAUAAAAGCUAUCCAGGUGUAGAAAAUCUAGCCUCAGGACUACUAGCGCAGCCUAAUACUGUAACCUGAUUCUCUGAGAGAUGGAAACCGAGCCUGAGAAAUAUCAUUUCAACUCUUUAACAAGAGGGCAAAAAUACUUCCAUUCCAUUGGGGUUUAAGCUACUAGGCUGAAGUAAUGGGUGGCUCCAACAGGGGCCCAGGAUUUUCUACACAACAAACAGCUUUGCUACUUUAUCCUCCCCAGUGCCAUGUUGGCCAAUAGACAGAUAUGACAUGAAGAGAUGUUUUAUUGGUUGUCCUGACAGAAAAGGUACAGAUAUUAAGAUUACAAUCUUUGCUUGUGUAAGGCUGGAAACCAGUGAAGUAGCACCAGCCUUGCUCCCUGAAAUAGCCCAUGCAGCCCCACUCUGCUGCUCAUACAGGAGACCAAUCAUUUUUGGUACUUAUCCCACAAUACCCGGCCCUGUUACUCCAGCAGGCAUGGGCCAAAGAGGGUUGGUUACAUAAAGUGCAAAUGGACAUACAGACAAGGCCAUGUGGAA